AUGAAGGUCCGCUCCUCGGUGAAGCGCAUGUGUGAUGGAUGCAAAGUUGUUCGUCGACGAAGAAAAGUAUAUGUGAUCUGCGAUCGUAGUCCCAAGCACAAGCAGCGUCAGGGAUUUCACACGAGCGCAUUAAUAGCUCCCGCUUCGCAUGACUCGUCUAUGGUUUCGACCAACGCGAGCUUCCAGACAAUUCUCAAGCAGCUGCAGUUUCCAGGUCUCGCGCAUUUCAAAGCCUUUCGUGACGCCAUCGUCCAGAUUCCUAAGAUCUGCUAG